AUGAAGAGCUUCCGUAUCCUCCUCCCUCACCUCGCCCAGUUCCUAGCUCUGGUAGCUGCCUCCCAGGCUGGUCCCAGCCUGCUCGAUGCAUGUGACGACUUGUCCAUUGACCACAGCGAUGGCGUCCUAUCUGGAAAAUGCCGCGGCACUGGAGAUGCUGUGCUGACGUCCGUGGACCUCGACCAAUGUCUAGGCUGGGGUCUUCGAGCCGCCCACCUAGGCCUCCGUGGAUACACGGCGGGGCUGGCCCCUGUGAAAGACGGCGCCUUCACCGACUAUUGCAGUCCUUGCUACAUUGUCGACAGGGGCGAGCGCAACCAAGAGGUUGCCCACCUCCUCUGUGACUGUGGUCCUGAUGACUCGGAUAUCUCAACCGAGUAUUCAUUUGACCUAGGAAGCCUGGUCACCGUCACCGACGAGGGCUGCCUCGAAUGUAUGGGCGCCACUGGUGACUGUGUCCGCGAUGCUCCCUCUUGGACCAGUCGUGAUGCUUCCGAUGAGUCGGACUUGGGCCGAGAAUAG